AUGACAUUAUCGUUAGCUCGACAUAAUUUUAUUUUAAUUAGUGAUUGUUCAAACUUCUUAAUUCAACCUGAUAAUAAAAAUAACGACGGACGUUAUUUAGGAUUCUUUUCACCGAUGAAAAAUCUAACUUUUAAAAAUAGAAAAUAUGACCAAAAUGCUCUGCUGGAUUUCAGACUAGGAAUUUUUUACGAGAAACAAACCUAUGAUGUUGGGGAUUUUUACACCAGUGUGUUAUUUAUUGAUUCAGAACAAGAUUUUAGAAACAAAAAUAUUGUUGACAUACAAAAUUCUUUCGAUAUUUCAAAUCAAUUUAUAUUGGAUCCAUUAGAAAUUUAUCACUUUAUUUAUAAUCGUAAAUCAGAAUCAAAUAUCAUUUCAAAUUGGAAAAGUUUAAUCGGGUUACCGCCAAAUUAUGAUCAAAAAUAUUACACUAGUGUGUUUUUUCGUGGAAGUACGAGGCUAAAUGGACCAAAAUUUCCUGGAAUAAACACAUAUUUAACGAUUUCACCACAAACUUUUAUGUUGGAGGUUAAUAAAGAAAUCAGGAUUAAUAAUGUUUUAAUGUCAUUAGGAUUAAUUGGUGGAAUUUGGAUUCUUAUAUCAGCAAUUUAUGGGUGUUUGUUUGGUAAAGAUGUAAUAAGACCUUGGGGAAUAAUUCAAAAGUAUUUUUGUUGUUUGUCCAUUUCAACAAAACAUAAACUUUUAGAUUCAUUUAAUACUCUACCAUUAGUCACCCCCACUACCAAUUAUAAUGAUAAUCAAGACAAAAAUGAUUGUUUAAAAAAACAAAUUGAAAAUUUAGAAGAAAAAUUAACAGCAUUAGAAACUUUCUUGGGUGAAUAUGUUGUUGAUCCAAGUUAUUUAAAAAAUUUAAUAAAUCAAAAGCCUGCAUCAAAAGACCUUGGUGGUUCAAAAACCACUGAAGUUGGUGCGGUAAGUCCUGUUACAUCAGUAAACGAGUAUCAUCAACGUGCUUCAUCUAUUCUUACAACUACCACAAAUAUAACAUCGCCAACCAUGAUCAUAAACCCUAAUAUGAUGGCAACACCUAAAGUUCCAACAACUUCAAGAAAAUCUUUACCGCCAUCAUCUAUUAACAAUUCUAGCAAUAAUGAUAAUAAUUGGCAAAUUGAUAAAAAGGAACAGUAG